AUGGCCUUCCAACCCCUCCCCCUCCCCGCAGGCAUAACGAGCCGUCACAUCCAAACCACCGAUCUAAACAUCCACAUCCUGGAAGCCGGCUACACCCCAGCAAACAACAAACCAUUGAUAGUCCUCCUCCACGGCUUCCCAGAAAUUGCCUACUCAUGGCGCCGCGUGCUCCCCAAACUAGCAGCAGCAGGCUUCCACGUCGUAGCCCCAGACCAGCGCGGCUUCGGCCGCACCAUAGGUUGGGACACACGCAGCUACGAGGAUGUCGACCUGGGAACCUUCUCGCUAUCUAGCCUGGUGCGGGAUAUUGUACUCCUUGUGCACGCGCUGGGCUACCGUUCCGUGCGGUGCGUCGCCGGCCACGACUGCGGCGCUGUAUCAGCAGCCAUGUGCGCCCUAAUGCGGCCGGAUUUCUUCCAGAGCGUUGCGCUCAUGAGUCAUCCGUUUAACGGGGCCCCGGAUUUACCAUUUAAUACGGCGAAUGCGGAUGUCCCGGCUGGGUCUGAUAUGGCGGCUGCAGGUGGGGCUGGCGGUGCCGAGGGGUCGGCUGCUGCCGCGGGGAUUCAUGGGGCGCUUGCGGAGCUCGGCCGUAAGCACUAUAAGUGGUAUUACUCGACUAAGCAAGCUGGGCCUGAGAUGUCAGAUCUGGGACCUGAGGAGAUGCAUCGCUUCUUGCGGGGAUACUUCCAUCUGAAGAGUGGUUCGUGGUCGGGGAACCAGCCGCAUCCGCUGGGGAAGUGGUCUGCGGCCGACUUGAUUGAGCUACCUGGGUAUUAUAUCAUGCCGUUGAAUGAGACUAUGCCUGCAACGGUGAUGCGCGAUAUGGCACAUGAGCCGUCUGACGGUCUGACCUCGCACUCGUGGCUGCCAGAUGAGGAACUCGCUGUUUAUGCGGGCGAGUAUGGGCGCACGGGCUUCUAUGGCGGGCUGAAUUGGUAUCGUGUUCGCACCGCGGCUGGGGGGCGGUAUACGAAGGACUUUGAUAUCUUUGCCGGGAAAAAGCUAGAGCCGCCUUGUGCUUAUGUCUCGGGUAAGCUGGACUGGGGUAAUUAUCAGGAGCCUGGUGCUAUCGAGAAGAUGAAGAACGGGUUGUCAUGCGCUGACCUACGUAUCUUCCGGCUUGUGGAUGGGGCUGGGCAUUGGACGCCCCAGGAAAGUCCGGAGGAGGUUGCACGGGCGAUUCUAGAUCUGAUCGGAGGUCUACGCGACUAG